AUGGCAGACUCUAUAACUAUCCUACUCCAUAAAAAUGGGGACCCCAGAGAGCUCAAAAACUACCGUCCCAUUUCAUUGCUGCCUGUCCUGUAUAAGUUGUUAACAAAGAUAAUGGCAAGAACAACGGCAACGAUCUUCUAUAGGGAUGUUCAGCUAGACCAAGUGCAGACAUUCACCUAUCUCGGACAAGAAAUUUCUCUGUAUCACGAUUUUUCCGGAGAGAUCAUACGACGCAUUCACAUCGGAGUACGUCUUCUGGAUCAUAAGACAAAUGCCUGGUUACGUGGGGUGACGAAAGUUAAGGAUGUGGUGGAGAAAGCCUUAGAAAGGAAGUGGAGUUACGCCUGGGAAAUGGCUCGUUCAAGUAGAAACAAGUGGUCAAAACUGCUCACGGAAUGGCACCCAUAUUUGCGAAGACGGAUUGGACGACCGAAAUCCCGAUGGAGAGAUGAGUUUAAGAAAGUGCUGAUUACGUGCAAUUGGCAAAAUGCGGCAAGAUGCAUGACGAAGAAGGAAUGGAUUGAUCUAAUGAGGGUCCAAAUUGAUAGGAUGUGUCCUGAAAAUUCCGAAUUGUGUUAUAGUGUAUAUGUCGCAAAAGCUCCAAUAAGGUAG